GAGGAACUGCCGGCUCCGCAAGAACCAGACACUUUAACUUCAUUUCAAAAUUUCCGCUGCAACCCUCGCUUCCUCUUCCCAACUCUUCUUCUCAACAGACUGGCAGUUCCGCGAACCACAGAGUCCCUAGUCAUGGCGAUGGGAUCUAUCGGCGAUACCCUUUGGGAUGUCGUCAUCUGCGGCACCGGACUGCAGCAGUCUCUGCUUGCUCUAUCCCUUUCGCGAUCGAGCAAGAACAUUUUGCACAUAGACCCCAACGACUACUAUGGCGGGGCGGAAGCGGCUUUUAGCCUGCAAGAAACUGAGUCCUGGGUUGACCGUCUGGCCACCGAGGACAAAGGCCUCUUCAGGUCCGCAUCCAUCACCAAGCCGGAUGUCGCGGGUCUCUCCUUCCCCAGGGCGUACUCGCUGGCACUGGCACCGCAGUUGAUCCACGCCCGCUCGGAGCUGCUAUCUCAAUUGGUUUCUUCCCGGGCGUACCGGCAGGUGGAAUUCCUCGCCGUCGGAUCAUUUUACAUCUUCAAAACACCCCUCGACCCCGAACAGCAACCCAGCCUUGUCCGCAUCCCCUCAACCCGCGAAGACGUCUUCUCGACCACUGCCAUCUCGGCAAAGGCAAAGCGCGGACUGAUGAAGUUUCUCAAGUUCGUGCUGGACUACGACAGUCCGGACCAGAGAGAUGUCUGGAAGUAUUUUGCCGACAAAUCCUUGAUGGACUUCCUACAGGAGCACUUCAAGAUGGAUGCCGAGCUCAAGACCUACAUCAUCACCCUCACACUCUCGCUGGAUGGCAGGAUCAGCACCGAGGACGGAUUGUUCAUCAUUCAUCGUCAUCUCACCUCCAUGGGUCACUUUGGUCCCGGCUUUGCUGCUCUCUAUCCCAAAUGGGGGGGCAUCUCCGAGAUUGCUCAGGUCGCUUGUCGGGCUGGUGCGGUUGGUGGCGCUGUUUACAUGCUUGGUGCUGGUAUCAAGUCGAUGGCUACUGCUGCUGACGAGAUCGAGCUCGAGCUGACCAGCGGCGACAAGGUGAAGACGAAGUUGCUCGUGCGUGGGGACGAUAGCGUUGGCGAUGAGCCGAUCAUCAGUAGGCUAGUGGCCGUUGUUGGUUCUCCGCUCAAGAGCUUGUUUGAGCCAACCAUCGAGGGGGCACCGACACCAUGCGUUGCGGUCGUCGCUCUGCCUGCGGGCUCACUAACAACAUCCGGUGAAGCAAACACUUACCCAGUCUAUGUUUUUGCUCACUCUAGCGGUACUGGCGAAUGUCCCAAUGGUCAGACUUCGGCGUUGACGAUAACUACCUCUGACAUUCUGAUCGUACUCUCAUCCAUUAAACCUUUUUGCAUCAUUCACAACAUGUUAGGAGCAAAGGCUAACUGGAAAUCAAUAGGUGUCAUAUACUUGUCCACAAUGGCGACUUCCAAUUCCAAGGAGAUCUUGAGCCGUGCUCUUGAAUCCUUCCUCUCCGCCGUGGACCAUAAUCAAGUCCCCCAGUGCUUGUAUCAGUUAUACUAUGAGCAGGCUGCUGGUGUGAAGCAAAGUCGACUUGAUGGGUUGACCCUUGAUCUGCCCGGUCCUUCUCUUUCCCUCUCGAUGGACGAUUCAUUGCUGCAGCAUGUCCGCGAGGCGUGGAAGAAGGUCGUUGGCGACACAGUUGAUGAUGCAGAGUACAUGGUUUUCACAGAUCGUGAACCCGUGGAUGAUGAUGAUUAUGAAUGAUUCUCGGUGAUGACCAUGGUAAGGGCUGGUUUCUUUACUAUCAUAUGCACAGCCCUUUGCACAUACUUCAGCAUGCUUUAGAAAAUUAAUUUC